AUGAGUGACACAGAAAAACCAACAGAAACGGCCGCAGAGCCCGUAAGCGAAACCAUAGAGUCGAAGCCGGUAUCGGAGAAAGAAUUGGAGAAAGAGCCGGUAACGGAAGACACUACAGAGCCGGACACUGUCAAAGAGACCACUCCAGCAACCGAAACUACCUCUGCUCCGUCUACUGAGGCCGCUCCACCCCCAAGACCACCCAGGCCUCUUUCGCCGAAAGCAUUGGCCAAAAAGACCCUCAAGGAUGCGUUUCCCGACGUUGACGAUAAGUACAUCACCAUGGUUCUGAUUGCUUCGCGUGGUGAGAUGGACCCGGCAUUCAGCGCUUUGCUGUAUUUGAACGAUCCAACUGUCGAGCAAGAGCUAGUCAUCCCAGCUGUUGUGCCAAAGCCUAAACUUCCUUCCAGAAACAAGCAAUUGGAAAGCGACGAGGCAUUGGCCAGAAGACUUGCACGUGAGUACGAGCGUCAAUCGGGCCGUGGUGGAUCCAGGAGAAGUUCCGCAAAUCCACACUCGGGAACCGGAGCUGCUGGCAGAAGGAGAUACCAGGAAGGCCCAGAUGGUGAGGAUGACGAUGUGUUGGAUAGGUUUAUUGAGAAGGACUUGCCACAGAUCAAGGAGCAGUUCAACAAGAAUGUGGAGGAGGCAAGAGCCAAACUGGGAGGCUGGAUCGGCGGAUUCAAGCAGAGAAUUAACUCACAAACUGACGGUUCCAACGAGCUGUUUUCUGCAUUUGGUACCGGCUCUGGUAACUCCAACAAGUCCAACGAUAACAUCAGUUACAACCGCGACAGACGCGAGGAUGAAGCCGUCCAAGGAGUUCACGGAAUUACACUGAAAGACAACGAUUUACCCGAAAAGACUCUUCCAAAUCCCCCAGAAGACAUAUAUGGAACUCCAACCACACCCAAGGCUAAGGAACCAGUGGAAACGAAGACCAAGUGGGAGCCCUUGAAGACUGUCCAGCCAGAUCCUGUAUCGAAUGACACAUUUUUGGUUACCGACAGCGAAGAGGACGAAGACGAGGUGAAAAAGUAG